ACAGCCGCCUUCCGCCGGAAGUGGUUUGAGCGGGGACCAGGAGCGGGUUUGAGUCCAAACUCGGGGAACAGAGCGCCUUUUCCGCGCGGCUACAAUCCUACUCCGCCGGGACCGACAUGUCCGAGGAAAGGUUUACAGCCGCGUCCAAAAGGAGCUCUGGAUGCGCCAGUUUGGAUCAAGUGAUUGCUACACGUCCUAGGAAGACUCCUAUCAGCCGACUACAGGAGUAUUGCACAAAAAGUGGUCAAUUCCUCCAAUAUGAACUUGUGAAAUCUGAGGGUCAAUCUCAUCUGCCUAAUUUCACCUUCAGAGCAACAGUAGGAGAAGUGAGCUGCACAGGCCAAGGUCAAAGCAAGAAGGCUGCAAAACACAAAGCAGCAGCAGCUGUACUCAAUGUUCUGAAUGGAGGAACUCUGGAAGACCCUGAAUGUGAUGGAAUGAGCCAAUCUUUGCCAAAAUCUGAACCCAUUACCUCAAAGCAGCCACACAAUCCUCCCAACCCUAUUGGUACACUUCAGGAAUUGGUUGUGCGGAAAGGAUGGAGACUUCCAGAUUACGCUGUUGCAGAGGAAUCAGGUCCUGCUCACAAAAAAGAAUUUACAAUGAUUUGCACAGUAGAAAAAUUUGUUGAAACAGGUUGUGGUACUUCAAAAAAAUUGGCAAAACGCAAUGCCGCAGAAAAGAUGAUUGCCAAACUACGGAGUAUUCCUGCAGGCUGGAAACAGGAGGAUGAAUUCAAUAAUGCUGAUAUUUCAUUGAUAUCUGGAGAUGAAUGGAAUGGUCCAAGGGGGAAGAUACCAGUAAUCUGUUGCGACCUGCUAAGAAAUUUAUCUGGAGAAAAAAUUAACCAACUGAAAAGGAGUCCACUCAGCAUUCCCAACACUGAUUACACUCAGAUGUUGGCAGAAGUGAUGGAUGAGCAAGGAUUUGAUAUCUCUUACCUGGAUAUAGAUGAGCUGACUGUGAAUGGGCAGUAUCAAUGUUUGGCUGAACUCUCAACUCGGCCAGUUACUGUGUGCCAUGGAACGGGAAUUUCUCGUGGUAAUGCUCACAAUGAUGCUGCCCACAAUGCACUGCAGUAUUUGAAGAUUAUUGCUGGAAAAAAUUAAACAGGUUCAAAUUUCACCCAGGUGGCACUAUUUAAAAAAAAACAAAAAUAUUUUUUUAAAAAUUAUUUGAUUGAAACACAGCCUGAGGUUUUAAGCAGCAUUUUAAAGAAUAGGAUGUACCUGUAUGUGCAUGUACACAAUCAUCUGUUUCCUUACUGUUAAAACUCUGAAAAGCCCUGGACUAAUUAAAUAAAUUACAGUCCCUGAGAGAAGUAAUAUAUUAAGAAUCUGAUUUUUGAACAUUUUCCCGCUAUGUGACAAAUGGCAGUCUUUUUGAAGCUUUCUUUCUGUAAAGUAAAAUGUGCAAACACAAGUCUAGCUGUCAUUUUUGUCCAAUAAAAUGUUUGAAGAUGAAUGACAUCAAAUCAUUUGAAAUAACGUUGAAACAUUGAGCAGGGUUUUAUUGACUCAAAGCUAAAAGAGGCAAUAGUAUUUCAAAAAUAGUUUAUUUGUAAAGUUACAUAUCCAUAAUAUUAAUUAGUUCACUCUACCACCACUUAAUUCUGCAGCUGCCGGUUCUCUGUAGUGUGAUUUAGAUUGAGAGCUGACAGUGAGAUCAGUCAAAUUUCUCUAUCCUUCAUGUUCUAGCUUGUAAGUUUAAUGUAAUAUUUCUAAAUGACAUUUUGAAUGUCUCCGCUUCCUUAGGUUGGUCAUAUACCAAAGUAAUUCUAUCAAAUGAUUUUUUUGAUAAGAAAUUAAUUUACCAUUUAACAAGUGUUACAUAGGGCAACUGUUAUGGACUGGACCAGACCAAACCCCCUCAAAAUAUAUUAAGAUAGCUCAGACCCUAACUUUUUCUUAUUUUAAAGGUAAGUGUAAGAUGUUGCGUUCCAGAUGCGCUUCAGUUAGUUAAAAAACUUGACUUUAUGCAAAACAUGCUUUAUUUUCGCACUACAAUUAAAAUAUAGACAAAAUAAAAGAAUUGGCUUAACUGUAACUCUAUUGAAAUGCUUUAUGAAAUAACAUGUAUAAACUACUACGAAUUAACUGUUCCAAUAUAGUAACAUCCCAUAAACGCACUCCUGACAAAGGCAAAUUCAGUAAAAUAAAUUGUCUCACAUGCAAUUCUAGCAGCAGGAAGAGAACCCCAGCUUUUAGUAGUAAUCAGAGAGGAAUAAGAGCUUCCACAUUCAGCUUCAAGACCCCAGCAACUGCUGAAAGCUAAAACUAAAAGUCCUGGUUUUGUGGGAGCUUGACCCUAUCCUUUAGGCGGCUUCUACUGUUCCAACUUAAGAAAAAAACCCAAGACCUCACAAGCUGUUUACUUUAUUGGCUUUGAGCAGACCGCUUUAUACCUUUGUCUCAACCUCUCUUCACUUUAAAAAAGGAUCAGGACAAAAUACACCUCUUAAAGCCAUAGUAUCAUCACAGUGAUGUUAUUCACCUGCAAAUUUUCAUUAUAAACUGGUACUUACAGUUAAUUACACUUCUGCAUCAGACCAUUUUCAAACAGAAAUCAACAUACUUUUUAGAAGAAUUAAUAUAAAAGCACAUUUUUCGUAGCUUUAUAAGCUGAUAAGUGUAUGCUAAUGUUAAGAGUCAAAGAAUAUGCCAAAAUUUAUUUAUUUAUAUUUCAAGAGUUUUCAUCAGAUGUUUUUAAGAAACGUUUUCUCUCAAGUUCUAACAAAUUGGCAAUCUGUAAAUGCAUUUGUACAAUUCUACAAGUAGCUUGAUAUCAUAAUUACUGUAUAAUUGGGGUACCAUGCAGCAAUUGGAAUUUCCCUUGUUAUUUAUUUAAAGUAAUCCUGGCUAUAGGCUAUCAAUUUUUAAUAAGCAAAACAUAACUGCUGUGGUCUCGAUGCUUUAGAAAGCAUUUGGAUACCCUAAUCCUCUUGUACUGAAUCCAUAUUUAUUUAUAAUACUUUGUGUGCAAGCAAAACAAUCCCUUCUAACAACCUUGCAUAAACAAUCAACCAGUGAUUGACUUUAGAAGACUGUAUGCUUGCCAGCAUGCUUUGUAAAUAGUGAUUCUUUACCAAUAAAGUUUCACAUAAAUCCA